AAAAAAAAAUAACGCGGGUGCUGUCUGUCUUCACCAAAAACAGAGACACGGCGAGAGAGAGAAAGACAAAGAUAUAGACAUAGACAAACUCUGUUCAUCGAUCCCAGCCAGCUCUGUCAAUAACAUUCACAGUUUCUCCAAAAUCAUACACACGCUGUUUUGUGUUUUGUUUUGAAUUUUUUGAUUUUUUUUUAAUAUUUAUUGUUGUGAAAUCUGUGGUUGUCGUUUCUACGCGAGCCUCCGAUCGUGUAGAAAUUUCUCAACAAUCGGCGGCGGGGUGGUGAAUCCUCCGGAGUUUGGAUCGAAGAGAUUUGGAUUUGGAUGAAGGUUGUUGUUGUUGUUCUCAAUCUCAAUGUGGAGGUUUAACUCGGAGGGUUUGAUUUUUUAUAUUUUUUGGUAUUUGUUUGGAUGAUUUCUGGAGGAGAUAGGGAUGCUGCAGUUCAGGGGCUAGGGUUAGGGUUAGGGUUUGGGUUCGGUCAGGGAAGGUCAGAGAUGGUAGAGUUUGAGCUUGAAGAAGGUGAAGCUUGCUCAUUCCAGAACCAUCAAGACCAUGAUCGUACCACCACCGUCGAUCCUGAUGUUGCCCUCUCUUACCUUGAUGAAAAAAUUGAAGAAUAUCUAGGACAAUUUCAGAAAGAUUUUGAAGGUGGGGUCACUGCAGAGAAUCUGGGGGCAAAAUACGGUGGUUAUGGAUCAUUUUUGCCUAUCCAUCAACGCUCUCCUGUUUGGCCUCAUCCAAAGGCACCACAAAAAUAUCAUAGUCAAGAUCCACCGAGAUCUCCUAGUAAUUUGCAUCUGGAGGGUGGGCAUAGGGAUGCUGUACAAUGUUCAACUGGAGCUCAGUCAUCAAGAACUGGCCCAGGUUUGGCUAACUCCUCAAGGCUGGCCGCAAUUAAGGGACUCCCUGUAGAUGAUGGAACCAAUCAAGAGAAUUGCAUGACAAUCACUAGUACUGAGGCAUUACCUUCUAAGUGUGAAUCUCUAAACAUGAAAGCUACUAGCAUAUCGGACCAGAAGACACUGAAGGUUCGACUCAAAAUGGGCCCUGACAAUUUGGCAACUGGGAAAAAUGCUGCAAUAUACAGUGGACUUGGUCUGGACGUGUCACCUUCAUCAUCACCAUCACUGGAUGACAGCCCCGCAGAAAGUGAAGGAAUUUCUUGUGGUCCUCUAGAUACUCCCUUUGAAUCUCCAAUCAGUAUCCUUAAGAUUAUGACAAUCCUCCCUAAGAUGUUGUCGCCUCUUCUUGAUAAUUUCAUUGAAUUAACUGAAAAGGAAACACGUGCCAGAGAUAGCAUUGAUGAACCUGUUCAUGUGGGUGACCCUGAAAGUUCUGGCAAGCUACCAAAUGAAUCUAAUAUUGUAAAAGGUGAUAGAAAAUUGUCAGGAGGGAAGAAAGUGAAAUCUCUGGAGGGUUACGAGUCCACAAUGGAAGUCGUCAAGGCUUGCAAUAAGAAGAAUACUCGGAACGAUGUUGAGGUGCUAUCAAGAAAGGAACAAAGUACAGAUGCAUUGAUGAUGGAUGAGCUAGUUUCAAAAACCAUGAAGCUUCCACUUUUAUCCAGUUCAUAUUCUUUCAGUGAUGACUCAGUAAAAGCUGCCGAUGGGCUGGCUGAUUCAUUGAAGAAUGCCAAUAAGGGUAUGGUGAGGGAGAAAACCUCAUCUGAUCAGGCAAAAAAGGAGCCGGUGGAGCCAACAUCUACUGAAUUGAAUGCUUUUGCUGAGAGGGCAAAGGGAAGCUCAGGAAGAAAAGUUCUGGGAGAUAAAGUUUCCCUUGAUGACUUAUCAUUUAGUGGUGUGAAAGAAAAUCAUCCAGGAGAAAAAAGUUGCAACUCAACAAUAGCUGAAUCUAAUGUUACCAAAGUUAGAACAGUUUCAAACAUUGAGUGCAUAGAGCCUUCUAAGAAGGCUAAUCAGAGAGGUAGCCCGUGUGAUCAAGACAGUCUGACAUUACCUGUCGAGACAGAACAUCCAUUUCCUGGGGGGAAGAAGUCGAAGGGAAGUCAAGGCACCCUGGUUAUAGAGAGGGAAAAAGAGAACAUCAAGGUUGGAUCCUCUUUGGUGUCCAAAAUAAAAAAGAAUUCUGAUGAUAGUUCUGCAUCAAAAAAUGAAACUGAAGGUGUCAAAGUACAAAAGGGUAUUGGAAAAGUUAAAGAUACUUAUAGAGAUUUCUUUGGGGAAUUGGAAGAAGAUGAGGACAUAAUUGAUUCACAGGAAACCCCUUAUAAUGAUAAACAGAAAGAAUCUGAGGUGGUUGAUAGGAGAACACCCCCAACUAAUUGUGGAGCAAAGGAGAGAUCAGGUGGUAAGAAAGUUGAUAAGCAAUUAAUAGCCGAAGUAUACCCUAAAUCAACCGCAAAUGUCUGGGGCAUUGGAAAUGCACAUAGUACUAAUGCAGCGAAUGGGAAAGGGAUUCCUCUAAUGCUGCCUCAUGAGAAGGAAGAUAAUUGGGUACAGUGUGACAGGUGUCAUAAAUGGCGGCUUCUUCCUGUUGGCACAAAUCCUGAUAACCUACCUGAAAAGUGGCUGUGUAGUAUGCUUAACUGGCUACCUGACAUGAAUAGGUGUAGUUUUAGUGAGGAUGAAACCACAAAAGCCCUUGUUGCAUUAUACCAAGGGCCUCCUCCUGAUGGUCAAAGAAAUUUGCAAAAUGUCUCGGGGAGUGCUAUGGUGGGAGGAACCAUGGCAACUUUCCAGCAUCCUGAUCAAAGCCAGCUACAUAAUGAUCUGCAUGAAGUGCCUGAGGGGAAGAAAAAAGUUGUGAAAGAGAUAUCAAAUCCUACAAAUAGAGAAGGCUUUUCUCAAUUGUCUAAUUCUAUAAAGAAAAACUUGCAAUCAUCGGUGAAAAGUAGGAGCUUAAAUGAUGUUAACAAAUCCCCUGUUUUGAGUGAAGCUGAUGGUCUAAGUGAGAAACACACAAGUAAGCAGAGGAUACUAGAGCACAAUUCUGAUAGAGGUGAUACUAAGAAUAUGAAGGUGAAAAGCAGGAGGGGUCCUGAUCAAGAUUUUUCAAGGCCAUCCAAGAAAGGUAAGACUGACAAGGUUCAUUCUUCUCAUGAAGAGUGGUUUCCAGAACCGAAUGGGACCAAUAAGAAGGUGGGUCAUAGCUCAAGCAGCUCUUUUCCAGCUACUUCUGUUGGCAAAGAUCGACCUAGAAAGAAAGAUCACUCCUCUUCGAGGUCUUCGAGGGACUCCAAAUCUGGAAAAAAUAAGCUGCCAGUUUCUGCUGAAAAGACAAAGGUUAAUGGUCAAGGUUCCUUCGAUGAGGGAUUCCUUGAUUUGGGGAAUUUUGAUUCCAUUGGUAAUGUGAAAAAAAGGAAAUUGAAGGAGUAUCAGGAUGCUCAAACUUGUAGCACAGGUAAUCCUCACGUACACGAGAGCAGAAUUUCUGAACAGGAGUUCAGUGAUUCCAGGAAGGAAAAGAAAGCAAACAAUUCAAGAUCUGAAGGUAAGGAACGAAGUGCCAGUAAAGGUAGUGGCAGGACUGACAAAAAAGUUAGUCAUACAAAGAACCAUAAAUCCAGGCCAAAUCCUGGGCGCAGUCACUCACAGCGGAGCUUGGAUGGCAUGGACUGUUUCAAAAGGGACAUGGGGUCUGUACAGGCUUCUGUUGCUGCCACUUCAAGCUCUUCUAAGGUGUCUGGCUCACAUAAAACCAAAGCUGGUUUCCAGGAAGUGAAAGGCUCACCUGUGGAAUCAGUUUCGUCAUCACCUAUGAGAAUUUUAAAUGCAGAUAAGUUUGCAAACAGCGGAAUUAUGGGGAAAGAUGACUGUCAUGAUAUUGCUGCCAUGGAUAGUCCAAGAAGAUGCUCAGAUGGCGAAGAUGAUCAUGCAAGUGAUCGAUCUGGAACCGCUAGGAGGGACAAAUCUUUCACCGUGGCCCAAUGGUCUGAUUUCCAGAACAAAGGUGUUGAUCAUAUGUCAGAAGAUACUAAAUCUAAACCUAAAACAACCAGCCAUUGUACUAAUGGUGGUAUGAUGGCCCAAGAUGGGACACAUCCAGGUACAGAGCAGAUUAAGCAUCAAGGUGAAGACACAACUGAUGUUUAUAAUGCCAAUGUCUCUCAGGCAAGGAAGAGUCGCAUGGAAUUAGGUUUGGAGGACAACAACGAGAGCUGUAAGUCAGGGUCCAUUGCAGAAAAAGUCAAGAAUACUUGUUCUCCAAUCCAACUGCAAGAUCAGUCUCAUCUGCAUAAGGAUGGAAAAGUUAAGUUGCAGGAGAAAUCUGGGUUCAAGCCAGAACAAAGUGAGAAUAUACAUGCUGGGAAGAAAGAUUAUACUGGAAAAAGUGAGAGUAGGAAAAAGGAUAAUCACUUAAGUCGAGGGCAUGACUUUCAAGAGGUUAGUAUAGAUGCCCUAUGCAAACAGGAGGCAUUACAUGCUCCCAGUCAGAAUCAGUUGCCAGACGGUGAUACUGAAAGAUCUUCAAAAAUGUCUCUUCCGGAAAGAACUGAUCAAGAAGUAAUACUUGGAAAAGGGAAGCCUUUGCCAUCAUUACCCUCCGGAGGAUCUCAAAUUGAGACAUCAAGUCGUUGCCCAAGACCAGUUGGUUCUCAUAAAGGAAAUGGGGAUAUGGAAGUUGAUCCCUCGAAAGUUGAUGAUCUGUCAAAGCUGCAAAAAAAGCAAUUGAAAAAGGCUGAUCAUCAAAAUGGAACUCAGCAAAUUGGUUCAAGAAAUCCAGCUCUUAAUGGACACAAGUCCAAGGAGCUCGAUGCCCCCAGUCCAAUUAGAAGGGACUCUUAUAUCCAUGCUGCUAACAAUGCUGUGAAAGAGGCUAAAGAUCUUAAGCACCUGGCUGAUCGUCUUAAGAAUUCUGGAUCCACUCUUGAGAGCACUAGUCUUUACUUCCAGGCAGCCCUCAAGUUUCUUCAUGGAGCCUCUCUGCUAGAAUCUGGCAACAAUGAUAAUGCUAAACAUAGCGAGAUGAUUCAGGCAAAGCAAAUGUACAGUAGCACGGCAAAAUUGUGCGAGUUUUGUGCCCAUGAAUAUGAGAAAUCAAAAGACAUGGCUUCAGCUGCUCUGGCCUACAAAUGCAUGGAGGUGGCAUAUAUGAGGGCAAUAUAUUCUACACACACUAGUGCAAGCAGAGACCGUCAUGAGUUGCAAACGGCCAUGCAAAUUAUGCCUCUUGGCGAAUCUCCAUCAUCAUCUGCCUCUGAUGUUGACAAUGUUAACAACUCUUCAGCACCUGACAAGGUUACAUUAUCCAAGAGUGUCAACUCGCCUCAAGUUGCUGGAAACCACAUUAUUGCUGCACGGAGUCGUCCCAAUUUUGUGCGGUUGCUCAAUUUUGCUCAGGAUGUAAAUUAUGCCAUGGAAGCCUCAAGGAAAUCUCGGAAUGCUUUUGCUGCUGCUAAUUCAAGCCACGCUGUGGGCAAGUAUGCAGAUGAUAUCUCCUCUAUCAAGAAGGCUCUUGAUUUUAGCUUUCAAGAUGUGGAGGGUUUACUACGAUUGGUACGGCUUGCUGUAGAGGCUAUUAAUCGUUAAAGGUCCAGUUAGUCACGAGAUGAUUCUAGCCCGUGAAGAACAUGUGCUUCUUCUUGAUCAAGUUUAAAACCUUCAUUGACAAAAAUAUGGUCGCAAUUCUAUUAUAAUGGCAAGGUUUAUUUAUUGGAUCUUGAAUCAGUCUUGCCAACGGAUGAAGCUAGUACUAUCUGGUAACAAAAUGUAUGCCAUACACAAUGGAAUGGAAGUUUCAGUUUACAGUCAGGGGAACUUGGUUGCCGUAUGUUGUCUACAUGAACGAAAUCUUUGGCAACUUUGAAACGGUGUGGAGGCAUUCAGAAGUCAGUUUCUGCAAAGCAGAUUCUGAGCUGCGUUGAUGUUUGGAAUGAUGAUGCUCAUCAGGAUUAGAAAUAAAAGUUAUAAUAGGUGGAUACGGAUAGACUUUGAAGUUUGAAAUUAAUUACCAUCCUUUGUUGUCUUCUCAUUUUGGAGGGAUUAUUAUUUAGUCAAUCUGUAAAUGUGUAAAGUUGUAACUUCUAGCGAGAGGGAGUUGUGGAUUUUACAUUAACUGCGGCUUCUACCAGUGGGAACUGCACUUUCUCCUCUUGGUCCUAUCUCUCUUUACCGAAAGGAGGAUCAAAGAGAGUCAGACUAAAGUGAGCAUUUCUCUUUAUAGUGCAUGGACUUGCAUGUUUUCUUUGUAAAGGUCGUCUAUUUGUCUUGUACAAUUUUGGGAUUACUAGCGGUAGAACCAUUUUCUUUACUCAUUUUCUUGUUGAUAGAGAACAAACAGAAAACAGAAAAGGAGGGAUGUACUGCAAGAAUUUUUAAGUGGCAGGCGAUUUAUUCCCAAUGUUUCUCAACUCAGAAGGAACACAAUGGAUGUGUAAAUAAACAUUAUAGAAUCUUGUCAGAGACAGUGCAAGCUAGCUGCUGCCUUAUCGAGAAUCUGACAGGUUGAGCAACUGAGACAACUGACCUUGGUGGAGUUUUUUGUUUACCUUUGUCAACUGUAUAACGUGGAUUACUUUCAAACAGUUGCUGUAGUCUUGUUCAUGUAAUAUUAAAUUUUGACUUUUACCAGCUGACCUGAUCUUAUAUUUAACAAGAAAAAUGUAUUCACACCCUAAAUCCACCCGCACCCAAUAGUGAUAUAGAAUAGAAGAGAAAGAAAUUAGAGAUAUGAUAAGUGAUGUAAUAGGAAAAGAAGUGAGAGAUAGAAAGAGAAAAUGAGUGGAAAUAUGAUAGAAGAGAAAUUGAGUGUGUAUAUGUAUUAAAACCCUAUAUUAAAGGGAUAUUAAUAUAUAAUAACUCCUAGAAUUGUAAACUGUUUACAAAAUGAUACAAUAAAUUUCGAAGUCUCUCA